CGCCGGGCGCCGGGCGCUGAGUGGCCGGCCGAGGCGGCGGCGCGUGCGGAGGCUCGGGCGGCAGCGGCGAGCGGCGCGCCCCGGCCGCAUUCUCCAGCAGGAGCCUGAGAGCGCACCGCCGGCUCCAACAAGAUGCUCAAGGUGUCCGCCGUGCUGUGUGUGUGUGCAGCCGCUUGGUGCAGUCAGGCGCUGGCAGCUGCCGCGGCGGUGGCUGCGGCCGGGGGGCGGUCGGACAGCGGUAAUUUUCUGGAUGAUAAACAAUGGCUCACCACCAUCUCUCAGUAUGACAAGGAAGUCGGACAGUGGAACAAAUUCCGAGACGAUGAUUACUUCCGUACCUGGAGUCCAGGGAAACCCUUCGAUCAUGCUUUAGAUCCUGCUAAGGAUCCGUGUUUAAAAAUGAAAUGUAGCCGCCAUAAAGUUUGCAUUGUCCAAGAUCCUCAGACGGCAAUCUGCAUUAGUCACCGGAGACUUACACACAGUAUGAAGGAAGCAGGAGGAGGCCACAAGCCAUGGAGGGGCUCCGUGUCAUCCACCUGCAAGCAGUGUCCUGUGGUGUACACCAGCCCUGUCUGUGGCUCGGACGGUCACACCUACUCAUCACAGUGCAAGCUGGAAUACCAGGCAUGUGUGUCCGGAAAACAGAUGUCCAUCAGAUGCGAAGGACGUUGCCCGUGUCCUUCAGAUACAUCCACAAGUACCAGCAGAGGUGUUAAGAGAGCAUGCAGUGACCUGGAGUUCAGAGAGGUGGCAAACAGGUUACGGGACUGGUUCAAGGCCCUCCAUGAGAGUGGAAGCCAGAUCAAGAAGACCAAAGCCUUCCUGAGGCCGGAGAGAAGCAGAUUUGAUACCAGUAUUUUGCCAAUUUGCAAGGAUUCACUUGGUUGGAUGUUUAACAGGCUUGACACAAACUAUGAUCUGCUGUUGGACCAGUCAGAGCUCGGAAGCAUUUACCUUGACAAGAAUGAGCAAUGUACCAAGGCAUUCUUCAAUUCUUGUGACACAUACAAGGACAGUUUGAUAUCUAACAAUGAAUGGUGCUACUGCUUCCAGAGACAGCAAGACCCACCUUGCCAGACGGAGCUGAGCAACAUUCAGAAGCGGCAAGGGCUGAAGAGGCUCCUAGGACAGUACAUCCCCCUGUGUGAUGAAGACGGCUACUACAAGCCAACGCAAUGCCAUGGCAGUGCUGGGCAGUGCUGGUGUGUGGACAGAUACGGAAAUGAAGUCAUGGGGUCCAGAACAAAUGGUGUGACAGACUGUGCUAUAGAUUUUGAGAUCUCUGGAGAUUUUGCAAGUGGAGAUUUCCAUGAAUGGACUGAUAAUGAGGAUGAUGAAGAUGAUAUUAUGAAUGACAAAGAUGAAAUUGAAGAUGAUGACGAAGAUGAGGGGGAUGAUGAUGACGAAGAAGAUGACCAUGAUGGAUACAUUUGAGUGAUGACAGCUGAGAUUAAAGUUCUACAUUUCUAAUAUUUACAAAA